CAUAACGAAAAGAAGAAACAACUCUCCAACACAAUUAUCUACAUUAAUGGAAAUGUUCUACAAUCUGUGCUGUCCAAUAUAUUAGCCACUAGCUCCGCUUGACUACUGAGUAUUGAAAUGUAAUUAAUUUAACUGAAGAGUUUAUAUUAUAUUUAAUUAAUUCAUAUUUUUAAUUUAAAUAACUGCAUGUGCAACUUACACUGUGAAAUUUAAGGUCUAGCAAAGAUGUGACCUCGUUAGCAAUUAAAAUGUAUUUACUACUGCAAAGAAGAAGCACAGGGCAUUAUGGGAACAUAUAAGAGUUUGAGAAAAUCAAAGAAUCAGAGAAGACUGCCAGAAUGACAGUAAAGUUAAGGUAGAAUUGCUGAAUGAGUAGAAGUAAAUUGAGGUGCCAAAGAAACAACUUCCAGGAGGCAGAAUACAGAGCAGAAUCUAUAGAAACCUUGCAUGCAAUCAAACCGGUACUUUCUCCAUGUGAGAGACUUCUGUGUAAUAGAUGGAGGCAAGGGAGAACGAAAUGACAAGAAGUCUCCUGAGGUACAUUAUGAAUGCUUUACAUCUCAUAUUUUAAAUAAAUUAAGAAAAACCUGGGAUUAUAUUUCUGACUGGAAUUAUUGGACAUGUCAAAAAAAAGAAGGAAAUGAGAGAUGUUGUCAUCAAAAACUCCCUUAUGUGGUCCUUCUUGUCCUCAGGUUUUGCUUAAAGAAAAAACGUCAGUAUGAGAAACCACACAAUGAUUACAGAGUUUGUACUCUUGGGCAUAUCAGACAACCCAGAGCUUCAGGUUGUAAUUUUCACCGUUUUAUUUAUGGCUUAUGUAUUAAGUGUCACUGGAAACCUAACCAUCACCAUCCUCACCUGGAUAGACUGUCGUCUGAAGACUCCUAUGUAUUACUUCCUCCGGAAUUUCUCCUUCUUAGAAAUUACAUUCACCGGUGUUUCUAUCCCCAGAUUUUUGGGGGCAAUCAUCACUAGAAUCAAGACCAUUUCCUAUAACAAUUGUUUGGCUCAAUUAUUCUUUUUCAUCUCCAUGGGUGUGUCUGAAUUUUUCCUUCUAACUGCCAUGUCUUAUGAUCGUUAUAUUGCUAUCUGUAAGCCUCUCCGUUACGCCACCAUCAUGAACAAGAAAAUCUGCACUCUGCUCGUCUUGUGUUCAUGGCUGGGAGGUUUUCUUACUAUUUUCCCACCACUCAUGCUUAUUCUCCAAUUAGAUUUCUGUGCUUCCAAUGUAAUUGAUCACUUCUCUUGCGAUUAUUUCCCCAUUUUAGAACUCUCAUGCUCAGACACAUGGCAUUUAGAGAUGAUUGGCUUUUACUUUGCUUUUGUUACUCUGCUGUUCACAUUGUCAUUAGUGAUUUUAUCCUACAUGUGCAUCAUUAGCACCAUUCUGAGAAUUCCAUCUGCCAGUCAGAGGAAAAAGGCUUUCUCCACAUGCUCCUCUCACAUGAUUGUCAUUUCCAUCUCCUAUGGAAGCUGUAUAUUCAUGUAUGUCAAGCCUUCAGCCAAAGAAAGAGCAUCAUUGACCAAAGGAGUAGCGAUUCUCAACACUUCAAUUGCCCCGAUGUUGAACCCUUUUAUUUAUACCCUGAGGAACCAGCAAGUAAAACAAGCUUUCAAAAACUUGGUUCAUAAAGUAGUGUUUUCUAGAAACAAAUGAAAGUGUGUAUUAAUAUUAUUGAAUGUCAUUGUGAAGAGGAAAUAAGGGGAAAAUGAGUUGUAACUUCUGCAAUGUCCUCCCACAUCCAUCUCGCAGAUCCCUGCAAUGCUGAGCUCACUUGCUUAAGCUUCCUUUCUAACCUAAAAAUAGCUAUGCUAUAUUUUCCUUUCAAACUAUCUAUAGGUUCCAUGGAAUCAUGGAUUUAUAAUUUUGAACAGGAAACCAAUAGCUGUAAAAUGUAAAUUGUUU